AGUGGUUCCGUUUCCGUUCAUUGGAGCGCAAGACAUGCACCGGUAAAUUCAACUCCAAAGUUAUUUUGUUAAAAAUUAAUUUGCUAUAGUAAAUAAACUCUUAAUUUAAGUGACAAUAACGAUUAAUAUAGCUCAGCAUCCUAAGAAGUUUAUGUACUAUGGCAUUAUGCUAACUCACAGGCACUUUUUUGAGUGAGUUUGUAGCAAGCUAUUGCAAGAGAUUUUUUGUGAUAAAUUCUUCCUACAACUCUACGUAUUCUGAAUAAAAGCAAGUCUUUUUUAAAGCCUAACUUUUCUUAUAUUGACUUGUUUGGGGACCGGCAAUAUGGCGCAAGUUGUAUCCCCUGGACCUAACCUAAAAGCAAAUAUCUUAGGCUUUAUCAAAGAUUAUGCAAAUCAUUUGGGUAAAGGAAGUAAAACCAAAGACGUUGUUCAAAAUUUUAUUAACUUUUCUAUGAAUUGGCUGCAAUCUGAAAUAGAGAGCAGUGGGUGCUAUUUUCAGAUAACUGAAUUUUUGAAAACAAAUGGAUUUCAUGUUAGCUCUGAUGAUAAAGAAUCUGAAGAUAUCACCAAUGACGAUAAUUUUAAUAAUAAUCAAAUUGUGCCAUUGGCCACAACUGAAAUAUGUAGCAUCCUUACAAGUCCUAAUUCCGAAAUAUCAAAGGAAACUUUAAUGAAAUUUCUUUGCCAACGUCCCCAUUGCGGUUUAACCUUUGCAUCGCAGGAUUUACUAAGCGAACAUUUAUAUGGCUUCAAAAGGGAAAUAAUAUGCCCUGUUUGUUUCAAACCCUGUCCGGAAAAGCAAGAAAGAGUUUUUCAGACGCACUUAGAUGAAUGUUUCAAGACAAACAAAGCAGAACAUCCAGAGGCAGCUCUAUAUUUUGAGAUUCAAACUCAAGCUCAUAAAUGCUGCAAGUGUCGAAAAUUUUUCAUUAAUCGAGCAGAUAUGAUUCCUCAUCUUGCAAUUUGCCAAACCGGUGCAAAAAUUGAUUGCAAUAUUUGUUUCAAGGGCUUUCGCAGUGAAAUAAAUCUAAGUGUCCACAUUGAAGAGGAUCACAACAUACACUAUUGUUGCUUUCUAUGCAAAAAAGUGUUUUUUUAUAAGGGGCAUUUCAAUAUGCACCUAUUUCAAUGUCAUUACCUAAGGAAGUUUUGGAAAUCCAAAUAUAAAUGCGAUAUUUGCAGACUUCAUCUUUCUAACUUGAAUGGUUUAAGGGAUCACUGUAUUAAAUUUCACAACACCAACGAUAUUGCCUUUUCAUGUAUGUUUUGUUCGGAGGUUACAGAAUAUCAUGAUAUAGCAACUCAUUACAUUAUAAAGCACUUCGAGAGAGUUAUUAAACAGACAAAAGGAGUUAAGAAAUCUCUCAAAGUUCGUCCAGAGCCAGAAAUUAUUGAUAAUCUUGAUUCCAAGAAAUAUUUACAAACGUCUAUUGAGUCAGUGAACAAUCUUUCUGCUGUCAUGGAAGAAAGAGACAGGCUCAUGAAUAAAAUUUUUAACAGUUCUUCUUUACCUGUUGUAAAACCUGUGCCUGAACCGACUUUAGAUCCAAUACCAAAAAAAUCUCCACUACUCGUAAAAAGACCUUUUUACAAUGAUGACAAUGACUUCAUGAGUCACAGAGAAUUUGAACCAAAUAUCAAUCCCUUUGCAACACCUAUAAAUAAAAAUAUAAUCUCUACUACUUCUGUUGACGUAUCUGGUAAGAAGCGAAGGACUAGUGGGUUAGAUUUACCAAGUAUUACAUCUUUUCUUGUUAAGCCGGAAGAACCAGUACCAGCUAACCAUAGUGCAGACAUUCAGUAUAUUCCUGGUAAGAGGCCAAACUUUAGUUUAAUUUUAGUAACAUCUUUUAUGACUUACUGUUCAAUAGGAAUGACCUCAGUUACAGAUGCUGUUCAAAAUUUUGCUUAUGGCAUUAAUAAAAAUGAUUUCCAAUACAAUGAAAUUCCAAAUUACACAAUGAAUAAUUCAUUCUCUCAAAAUUACGAACCAAUAGAAGAUUCAUAUUCAAUGUCUACAAUCGCAACAACACCAACACUCUCAGCCUACGUAAUGAUGCCAGAAACUGUUCAAGAGACUCAAGACAGUUUCGUAGAACCUGUUCAAAAUACUUUUUAUGACGCAGGAGCAAUCACCUAUCCUCCAAGCAGUCUAUAUUACUGUCAAGAUUGUUCGAUGUCAUUUAAAGAAGAAACUGAAUUGGAAAAUCAUUUCAGAUUUGUUCAUGGUAAAGAAAAAACAAUUUGCUACAUUUGUAAGGGCCUUUUCAACGAUAAGAGAGACUGCAAUCUGCAUAUAAUCAACGAACAUUUAGCUGAAACCAACUUAUUUGAGGAAACAUGUUUUUGCGGCGCUAACUUUAAAUGUUGUGAUAAUUUUCGACGCCAUUUAUUUAUGAAACAUUAUCCAAACGGAUUUUAUUGUCCUGUGUGUGAAGAAGAAGGUUUCUUUGGUCUGAAGUUGAAGACUCAUUUACUAACUCAUAGCAAAUUAGAAUGUCCUGUGUGUUAUAGUCAGGAAAACUCACCCCAUCAUUAUAAAAUGCAUUUUCAAGUAGAUCAUCCUGACAUGGAUGUAAUCGUUGAUUGUACAUUCUGUUCUGCCUUCGUGAGAAAUUCCGUUAUUGAUAUUCAUUAUUUAACUAAGCAUCGUCGGCAACUUUCAACAACAAAAGCAAUUGUAAAUAAACCAGAAAAAUCCUCUCAACAGAUGUCAUCUGUUGCCGAAGCUCUAGGCAACGAAACUCUCUCUGAAAUGCUCGACAAAAAGAUAGACGAUAGCUCUUUAUUUGUGAGUGAGUUUUAUGUGUAAUUUAUAAUUAUUGUAUUUUUCUUUUAAGCAGAGAAGAACUUGUCUAUUCUGUGAUUUAGUCUUUGAAAACAGUUUGGACUUCAACAAUCAUAAUCAGCAACAUUUGCAAAGUCAUUGCUGUGUGUGCCAAAAUGUUAUUAAUUCUGAAACCCAAUUCGAAGAACACUUGAUUAAUGGAGAUUAUGGUUUUAAAACUACUUCUGGACAAGAUGAUCAGGCUGAAUUUAUCAAUAGUAUGAGAUAUGCUUAUAAAGAAAAUUGCAGAUAUUGUAAAAUAGCCAAAAUGCAAGCUAAUGACGGUCCUCUCGUCUCUAGCGUUCCUUCUGUAAGAUCCAUUGAUAGCAAAAUAACGCUAUGUUCUCAAUGUUCUCGUAAGUUUAAGUCAGUAGCUCUCCAUUACUUCGGAGAAAAUUAUCGGAAAGGGUACGCCUGCCCAACAUGUCCUGAUUUUGUAGAAAGUUCAAAUCCUGGAUAUCAGUACCUACAAAACCAUGGUGACCAAACUAGGAGAGCAGCAUGUGCAGACCUUCAGCAGCAGGUAAGUGCUGGCCAAAGCACUGCAAGUGAAAAUACCUUUUCAAAGAACGAAUCUACCAACUGGAUGGAAUUAGAUUUGGAUAAGCUUUUAGAGAUAAAACAACCGGAGGAUAUUGAAAGUGAAGGGCAUCAAGCUAGUGAACCUUUGCCGCUGAGCGACGAUGUGGGUAGACAUAGCAGUAGUCACUUGGAUCUUGUUGACAAAAAUAUACCAAAUACUAAUGUUGAAGAGCCUUCUCAAUAUCCAAAUAUAUCUGAUGAUGACCAAUUGAAUCAGGUAAAAUCACUUUCUUUGUGUGAACUUUGUAAUAAAUUUUCUUCAUAUUCCUCAGAUAUUAUCAGAACUAGAAUAUGUUAAUUGACGUUAGAGAUACUCGUUUCUUUGUGUUUAACUAAACAAUCCUCUGAAUUUUUGUUUAGUGUUAUGUAUGAUUAGAUUGCACUGAUUUUUCAGUAUAGUUGUUAUUUUUGCUUUUAAUUGUAAUGAGCUACCAAAUUUAAUUUUUUCAAUAACUUCUUUAUCAAUUUAGUCAGUAGAACGAAUGUGACAAUUGAAGAAUAUGAAAAUGUACAAUGCAAAUAAAUUGAUAGUACAAAGCCAAAAUUUCGUAGUUAUAAAAUAUUGACCAGAACAAAACAAAACUCAGUUUUUAACGAAACAAAGCUGAAGAAUAGCAUCUAUUUUAUCGCUCAUUGGUUCUCGCUUGCUGGUUUUCAGAUCAUUUAAUAAACCCGUGCU